AAGUAUCGAUACUUGAGUUUUUUCGAGUCAGCAUAAGACUGCUACCAUUGCUUAUACCUUCUAAAAAUAAUAUUGAAAUUGCUAUCCGGGGAAACCCUUUCUCGGUGUCACAGAAAACCGUUAAAUCGGAACGCCAUUGGCUUUCGCUACCAGAACAUAUUUACRAUCUUGUGCUACAUUGCCUCGACAGGCUCGAAAGCUGAACAAAAAUAAAGAGAAAGCGCUUCCUUUCUAGAAGAAGAUAUUUGUGCGGUUUUUCACUGUAMUAUUAUAUGAAAAGAGCUCUUUAGGUAGAAGAUAUAUAUCGAUUUUAUGGAUAGAACUGAGGGAAAACGRUUAAGAGAGCCUUUACUUCCGCAUGGAAAUUGCAGUGUGAUCGAUACGAUUGUUGAAGAAAACUUCCCAGAUGACUUCCAAGAUGCUUUUCCGUAUAGCAUUCAAGAUGACCUGUCACAGUACCAUGACACUAACAAUCACUUUGAUUUCAAUCCAUCGGUUUCAGUAUCAUCUACAUCGACUGGCUCGUUCGUCGACAGCACUGAGAGCAAUGUAUCUGGAAACCAGGGGAGACUCAGCUCUGCCUCAUCGGCUUUAGGGCAAUCCCAGAGCUCGAGGAUCCUUGCAAACGGCAGUUCAUCGAGCUUUAACAGUUCUGAGUCGUGUCAUAUUACUUACGCUUACGGAAAUAGAAUUCAAUCGGGACUGCAAAACAACUUCAAUCAUCACCCUCACUAUGGCUCGACACACGMGUGCAUAAAUUACGCCGGAGGCGGCUCGUCGGACGUUUCUGACUUAACGACGUCGACCGAGGAUGACGACCCGUUGAAAGACAUCGAGCCAACAAUAGACCCCGUCCAGAAUUUUGAUGUUCGAGAUUACCUGCCAAAUAACCUAGUGGUGGAGUUUCUCGAGUUAGARAAAAGAAUCUUUGAGAAAAUGCAAAGUCGUAAGGACAAAAAAGCCAGGCAAAGGAUAAUGGAUGGAAAAGUGAAGAUAUCUGUCGGUUCUGACAAGGAAGUUAGCGAACUUAAGGUCUGGGUAAGGAGGGAGUCACAAGCAGCUACACUUUGCAAUGACAAAAAUGGUGAAGUAGAGCUCAAGAAGGCGACGCUGUUGAGGCACACUAAUAAUAAGUGGCUUUAUGUGGUCGACUUGGAUUCCGUGUAUGAAGGAAAAGAAAGACCUGUCUACGAGUUAGCAAAAGUUGAGAUGAACGAAAGAAACAAGUUUGUGCUAAUCGCUCAAGUGACCUUUCAAAAUGGUCAAACAAGCAAGAAAAUUAUCUCAAAGCCUUUCUUGAUAAGAACUCACAAAAGACCUUACCAGGAUGAAGCACCACAAAGCUUGUCAGGGCCAGGAAAUAAGCGCCCGCACACAUGGCAUUCAUCAGGAGUAAACCACAAGUCGCCCAGAUACUCACCACGACCAAGCUAUGCGGAUCACGAAGCAGACUCUUCAGUCUCACCAAUGGGGUCUUCGUCAGGGAGCAGUACUUCAAAUACUAUGAAUAUAAACGAACUGAUUGUGGAUCAUUUGGAGGCUCAGAGAGCGCACAUCGACCACCUUACUUUUCGAUAUAUCCAAACCAAACGAGGCGACAUAGCAUACCACAUCAAGCUCACAGAUCAAGCACGAGACCAAGACUUGACCGAGGGGGUGGUAGUGGGAUUCUUCCCUUCUGAAGGGAAUACAAAAAUCGAACCUCUUUCAAACCAUAACGUCGACAAGGCCGUGAUGGCAGGUGUUCUCAGUAGGUCUGCUUACAUAGAAGCUGAAGUUCCAGAGAAGAAAGAAAGAGGUUCGACAGAUGCAGUGUGCGUGAUUGGUAUGAUAGGAGUACAGGUACAAGGAAGUGUUAUAGCUGGCGAGCGAAUCUACACGUCAUCACUUGGUGAGGGCGUUGCCAUUCCUGAAUCCCACCUUCCUAUUGGUUCGCUCGUUACCAAGGAUACUACAAUGUUAGGUAUGGCAAUGGAGCCUCAUGCRUCAAAAAGACCUGGAGAUUUUAGUCUUGUCAAGUGUUUUGUGUGUAUUGUGUUAGGCAUAAGCUCACAACAGGUCGCCCGUGAAGUGCAGAAUGUGAUGGAUUCCAUGGAAACGAAUUUGAAGAGYGAAGUCAGGAAGUCUUCUAAGAGGACUUGGAGACGUAUUUAUUGCUUGGGAGUUCUAGCAUUGCUYCUACUUGCAACUACAGGAUUUCUACUGUACGAAUUCUUUGCCCCUGGGACAUUCUACAGGUAUUGGAGGUGCAGCGUUGGUGCCAAACCUGGCCAUUACAUGAAGUACAAGUUGUCUUGGGAUGGAAAGGAAGUGCAAAUACAUGGAUUGGAGUUCGAUUACGACAGAUUGCAGGAUAAAUUAAAAGAAACUGUUGAAACAAUGAAAAUUGAGAGGUUUCCCAAUACAACAGGUGGUGAGGUUCGUUACUAUUUCAACGUCGAUCGUUGCGCUUAUGGAGGAUUGACAGAUGGAGGACUUUGGGGUAAAACUGUUAAAGGUGGUCUUGUCCUUGUAAAUGCCUGCCCAUGUGACCAAUAUCAUAGACCUGUCUUCAAAUUCGUUGACAUUAACUACAAAAUGCACUGGUGUGCUUACGUUACCAAGAGAGCACUGAAUGGAACAAUGGUAUGCAAACCUUCGAAAUGCACUGACCAACAGAGACACUUUUCCUAUCCAACUUUUCACAGUUUAAAUUAUCAUAGACAAGUGUGCCGUCAACUUGGAGAGUGAUUAUAAUGUAACGAUAUUAUGUUCUUUAUUUAGUGUGGAUUUUAAGUAAUUUUUUAAACUAUUCGACCUUAUUUUUCUUAUUGUAAUAAUGUUCAAACGCUAGGGCGAGAGCUCGCAUCGAAAACCCGAGUCYGGGUGUCCAUAUUUGAACUUAUUUUCAAUCUCGUACCAAGAGGCCGCACAUUUGCCAACCAGCGGAAGUAAAUUCGGAAGACCGCUGACAUCACCCUUGAACACUCUGGGCUCGAGAUUGACUUAUUUUCAUACCGGUAGGGCUUGGAAYGAGGUCUACAAAGAUCAUUCAUAGCGGCAAUAGACCUUUUCCGAGAUAGCAGUUUGCAUUGCAUUGUGUUCUAGAUUCGGUACAAACAUCUUUUGUUCAUGCUACCAAAUAUGGUGUUGUUUGUGCUGAAGCUAGACCACAAUCCACCAUGAAGAAGACAUUAAGAAGUUUGCGGAAACUAACAUCAAAAUUAAAUGGCAUGUAGCUAUAAAAGAUGUCACUGUAGGGACUUGCUUCCCGUCUUCUCGGUAUAGAAGAGACCAGUGUGCUGACAUAAAUCACGUGAAAGGCAAUGGUACACCGGCAUCUCUUUUGAGCUUUGUUUGUUUACAUUGAAACUAAAAGUAAAAGUAUACUCUUUGUUAACCCUUUAUGAUAUAGAGAUAUGGUAAGAUUAGUCCUUAAACCCAAGGAUGGAAACGGAUUGCGAGUAUUUGAAUUCACCUCAUUUUCCAUAUAUGAAAAAUCUAAAAYCCGACCUAAAUAAAUGCUGGUGGACCUUGCAUGGCUCUUUGAAAGAACUGUUGAUGACUUCGUACAAUAGUGUAUAUUUUAAAUUGUAUUUCUAUUUUCUUCUAAAAUACUUUUGUAGAAAUACAGGAAGACCUAUAGUUUGUAAAUAAAGAAUUUUURAUAUACGA